AUGAGCGCGGAUGUGGAUAGCGACGGCGACUUUCAAGUCCUUGACGAGGCCUCGGGGGUUGCGGGCUCGAGCACGGCAAAACAACACGCAGGCAACGACGCCGACAUCAUCUACGACGAAGCGGUCGUCACCAAACUCGAAGAACUUGAUGCGGAGAUAGAGUCGGUCAGUGGUCAGAUUGCUGACCUUCAGCAACUUAAGCAAUCGCUCCUCCGCGAGCGCCGCAAGGUGCAUGCCGAUUACCUUGAGUCGGCCAAGCAAGAUGGCACACAGGCUUCGCGCAAGCUCGGCCACGAUUACACCUCUCCCUCUUCAAAGUGGUCAUCGACCAUUCGAGCGACUGCCAGAUCCGUCUUUGGCAUCCCUUCCUUCCGCUUCUGCCAAGAAGCCGUCAUCAACGCCGCCAUGGACGCACGCCACGCCGUAGUAGUCAUGCCAACAGGCGGCGGCAAAUCUCUCUGCUACCAGCUUCCCGCCAUCCUCAACCCCGGCGUCACCCUCGUCGUCUCCCCACUCAUCUCGCUCAUGACCGAUCAGGUCCUUCACCUCAAAGAAGUCGGCAUCGAGUCCGAACUCUUGUGCGGAAGCACAUCCCGCGAAGACUCCACCGCCAUCCUCAAGAAGAUCAGGCAUGGCACCGCCCUAGCUGGCCCGUCGAAACGCGCCAACUUCAACGCGUCUGCGAGUUCAGAGCCUCUGGAAGACCAUCGCACCGACGGCAUCAAGCUUCUCUACGUCACGCCGGAGCGCAUCGCCAAGUCCAAAACCUGUCUUUCGGCUCUGCAGAAUGCCUACGAACAAGGCAGGCUCUCGCGAAUCGUCAUCGACGAAGCACACUGCUGUUCCCAGAUGGGCCACGACUACAGGCCAGACUAUGCCAAGCUCUCCCUGCUUCGACGUCUGUUUCCAAAGGUGCCCGUCAUGUGCCUCACCGCAACCUGCGGGCCCAAGGUUCUCAAGGAGAUCAUCGAGAUCAUCGACUUGCCCCCCAUCACACAGCCUGACAACGCCGCUCCCAUGCGUACAAUCUACUUCACCGCUCCCCUCUUCCGGCCCAACCUCCUCUAUCGCGUCGUCCAGCGUCCCCAGCAGGCUCAGGCUGCAUCACAGGCUAUCGUCGACUACAUUCUCGCCCACCAUGCCGGCCACUGCGGUAUCGUCUACUGCCUCUCCCAGUCCGACACCGAGGCAAUGGCCAAAGCCUUGAUGGAACUCAGCAGUCGCAGAAUCGCCACCGGCACCUACCACGCCGGCCUCGACGACGCCAGCAAGCAGCGUAUUCACACCGACUGGCGCACAGGUCGCAUCCAGGUCGUCUGCGCCACCAUUGCCUUUGGCAUGGGCAUCGACAAGCCAGACGUACGCUUCGUCAUUCACGCUUGCAUCUCCAAGUCGCUCGACGCCUACUACCAAGAAACAGGCCGUGCAGGUCGAGACGGCAAGACUUCCGACUGCCUUCUCUUUUAUCGUCCGCAGGAUGCGAUCCGAAUGAGCUCCCUCGUCGCCAGUGAGUCCACCGGUCAAGAGAAGCUAUCGGCAAUGCUCGAGUAUGCCCAGUCGGCACGAUGCCGAAGACAGCUCUUUGCAGACUACUUUUCAGACAUGUUUGAAAAGGGCGAUGCUCAGCGCCAACGCAGCUGUGCCAUCUGCGACAACUGCAGAGAACACCGUCAAGACCUUGUCAUGGAUGCACGCAUGCAAAUGUACCAGCUCCUCGCCAUCCUCGCAGAGAUGUGCAGGCAAGGAGGCAGGAUCACCCUCACCAGCCUCUCUGACGUCGCUCGAGGUCUCGGCGGAGGAAAGUUCAACCUCGAUCCGAAUCUCUCCGAUGCCAGAGCUGGAUCCUCCAAAGUCAGCGCCUCAAAGUCGACGAAAGCAGGCGUCGUCGAUGUGACAGCCGUCGCAGGCGGCAAGAUCACUCUUCAUCGCGACAUGGUGGAUCGCUUGAUCGUCCAUGGCAUUCUUUCGCAGCUCAUCGAGCAGAGCUACCAAGCCACCGCAUACACAGUCAAUGUCUAUCUCGAAAUCGGGCCCAAAGCGACCCGGUUCCUCCGCCAUCCUCUCGAGAGCGUGUCGUCUCCAUCCAAGCUUGACCUUCUACCACCCGUGCAAGUUCUGCCGCCGAACGCCAACGCGGCCAGCCAAACACCUGGCGCUCAGACGACUGGGAAGCGAUCAGGCGGCCAAGCAGAUCUCGAGCCCGAGUCAAGCUCAAAGGACGCACGCCCAAAGAAGAGCAGAAGCGCCGCAAAACCAUCGGUGAAUGGUGCCGUUCGGAAUCACAGUCCAGGUGCCAAGCCUCGCACGAACGGGUCUCAAAUCGACACCAAAAAUGGCCAGCAGUCGAGCAAGCGAGCUCUGGUCGGCGGCUCAUCGGAGCACGAGGCCAUCAUCAUCGACUAG